AAUUUGAACUGUACAACGAAAAGCCCUGAAACUUAGUGAUAAUAAUAAUAUUUAUUAUUAGUUUGAAACUUUUAUGGUAGGGUCAAUGAAAAAUAUUAACGCAUUGAAGUCAAUUUAAACAGCUUACAAUAAGUUAUUGCACUUUGUUUGUGAAUUUAGCCUGCGGAAAAAUUGAGGGUGAUUGACUUAUGGAAUGAAUUGUCAUCAUCAGUAGUGGACGUCAGGACUUUGCAAGAGCUAAAGGAAGAAUUGAUAAUUCCCUGAAAAGUAAAAGAAAUGGACAUCACAGACUAUAUAAAAACAUUUGUACAUACAUCCCAUCAAUUUUUUGGAAAUAAGUCUGAACAGAACCACCUGCAGCUGCAACGCCAUUUAGAUGUUUUGAUUGGAUUGACAGGUUCCCCACUAGAACUGCAGUUACUUAAUCCUCAUCAUCUUAGUGUAACUGAAUGUGUUACUGCUUUAGUAGACAUUCUCUUAGACCAAGAACCUAAAGUUACCCUUGUACAGAAAACACUUUCACUUCUUCAGAAUUUUGUGAAAAGUCCCUGUUUGAAAGAGUCUCUUUCCUCCACUUUUCACAUUCAUUCUGGUGUGGCAGUUUUCCUUCAGAAUUAUGGAAUUAAUGACAAGGAUCUUAUAAUAACCCAGAUUAGCUCAAGAGUUGGCAAUGAAUGCUGUUGGCCAGUUGCCUUCCCUCUAGUUGGUAGUUCCAAAUUAGAGAUAGUACCAUAUAGCUUUAAUAGUUUUAACAUAACUCAAACAGACUUGUUCAGCUUCAGAAAUAAUCAAACAACAGAAUACUUGGUGCAGUGUUUGUCAAUUCUUUCCAACUUGUGUCGAAAUAAUCCUCUGGUACAAGCACAGGUUAAAUGCAUGAGUAAUGCCAAACAAAUGUACAAAACACUGGUGGGAAAAUUAUCAUCCAAUAAUCGUGUAGUUGUUGUACAGACCCUUUCUGUCUUGGCCAGUCUUGUCAUUAAUGAUGAUCUAGGAGAAAAGCUUUUCAACAGUAACAACAUCAAUAGAACCAUCCAGUUGGUGAUCAAUAUGAUUGUUUCUGGUGAUAAUGAAACCAGGAAAGUAGCUGUUGAUCUGUUUAUAGACCUGAUUUUAUCAUCUCGUCUCCAGCCGUACUUUAUAAGGUACAAAUAUUUAAAAGAAACUUUCCAACAACUGAUUGAUCAGCUUGCUCAAGCUAAAGAUGUUGAUGAAGUAGCUGAGCUGACCAGGCUGCUUGCAACGGUAUCUUCUAUACCUAGUAUAAGGCCCAAGCUUCUCUCAGUUGUUUUCUUAGAAAAAGAUUCAGCUUCUGGAGAAGAAAACUGUCACAGAGCUAUUCUUAUAACAGUGCAAUGGGCGAAAGAACCUGCUGAUGGCAUAAAAAACACAUCACUUCAUGCUAUGAGAUUUCUUGAUCAUGUUAUUCGGGAGCAAAUCUGUGAGGAUGUGGAGCAACUUUCUGGAUUUACAAAUACUGUAGAAAAUCUUAUUGUUUGCAUCACAGAAGAUUUGAAAAACAGCUUAAAUUUUGAAUCAUUCUUACUAAAAUAUCAAUUGGAAAAGAUAAUAAUUGGUGUUGAUAACCUCUUAGAAUUAUGUGAAAAGACAAACUACAAAGGAAUGAUUGCAGAUCAUAUGCAGCCUGUUUUGUUCCAGUCGGUUAUUCAUGCUCUCUUAGAAAAUAAUUCCUUAUCAAGUUUGAAAAAUGUUAAUUGGAGUGGAUUAGGUGCAGAUGUUAUUCUACAUAUUAUUCUGUUGAUGGAUCAGUUGAAGAUGCUUAUAAAUGGACUAGAAGAAACUCUUCACAGCAUCUUACAGGAUUCUCGUCUCAUGCAAGUCUUAGCUUUUGCUUUGGCCUCAACUUCCAACAGCAGUGUCCAAAAAGCACUAAAGGUUGUGAUACUAGGAUCCCAGUUACCAGCCUUUUCUAGUUUACUACUUGGAGAAAGUAUUGCAAUGACAAAUGCUAAUCAUAGCCACUUACAAGAAUCACAAACUGAGUUAUUGGCUUCAAAUGUACACGUACGUAAUGACGUUCGAUUAGAACAUUCAAAGUCCUCUUACCGAGAAUCAGUUAAAUCCAGUAAUAUGUACAACCGUCGUUGUUCUAUAGACAGAAACAUUCAGUCUCUAAUACAGAAAGUGGAGAAUGGGCUAGAUAUUAAAGAUCUAAAGUCCUCAGAAAUUAUGGAUAUGUAUGAACACAAGAUUGCAGGCUUAACAUUAAAAGAACAACAACUUCAGGACCUAGUGGAAGCCAAAUCGGCUGCUCUUCAGCAAUCUGACAAACUUCUCAACCAAUACAGAUGUCGUCAAGCACAGAGGGAAGCCGAGGCUUUAAGGCUACGGAAAUUGCUGAAAGAAUCGGAGAGACGUUCAGAAGAUGCCAAAGAACUCACAAGACAGGCUGUCCAGCAACAAAGAGCACUUGAACAUGAGUUAGAAGUAUCCAAACAGGAGAAUAUUUUACUUGAUCAACAACUAGAGGAGCACAAAGAGGCCAUCAUAGAUCAUGCCCAAAGGCUAGAGUCUGUGCAGAAGAGUUUGGAAAACCUACAACUUGACUACAACUCGGUUCUGGAAAUGAAUGCAAUGUUGCAGCGACAUAGUGAGACGAUGAAACAGAAACAAGAUUUGAUGCUACAGCAAAUUUCUGAAUUAGAAAAUGAGAAGAAGAAUCUUGCAAAACAACUAAAAGAAAAGGACACCAAACUGAAAGAACUAAACCGUACACUUCAGAAGUCAGAAGAGGCUCUGCAGAAGAAAGAAGAGGAAUAUUCAGAACUAGAAAAUGAAAGAGACACCCUUCAAAAGAAGAUGCAAUCAGUAGAAAAAGAAAAGGCUAAACUUCAACAAGAGGUGUCAUCACUGGAGUUGUUAUGUAACCAGCAUGAGGCAGUUAUACAAGAAAAAACGAAUGUUGUUCAGGGCCUUAAUGAACAGCUGGAUCGUCAUAAAAACAUAACAGAAAUGAUACACAACUUAAGUAGCGGUCGAAUCAACAUAGCCAGUCUCUUGAACCAAAAACCUAAUAGUUAGAUUUUGCUCAAAUAGAAAUUUUAAGACUGUUAUGUGGAAGGUAAUAUAUGUGUCCACUCUUUACCUGUUUCACUAUUGAGUUUUAUGUAAAUCCUUGGCAGGUAAACCUACAUAACUUGUUCUCAUUUGUAGAUUUUGUAAUAAAGAAAACUAGCACAGACUAAAAAAGAGUAUUCAGUACGUUAUAUUAGGUAAGUAGCAAUUUAUAUGCACAGUGGCUUAAUAUAUACAAACACUAGAACACAUUAUAAAUAUAGUAUUCUAUGUUCAGUUUACCAGGAAUGUUUUCAAAGUAUUUGAACCAAAAGAGAGCAAUCUGUCAGUUUUUGAAAAAUUCACUGAAAUACACUUGAACAUUGACCCCGUAAAUCAUAAA